AGAGCAGCACCUCUCAGGGCUUAAUCAUGAAAUUCGUGGCUCUUGCACUGACUCUUCUCUUGGCCUUGGGUUCCCAGGCCAAUUUGUUCCAGGCUGAUGCCCCGACCCAGCUGGAGCACUACAAGGCAGCAGCCUUGGUGUACCUGAACCAGGUCAAGGAUCAGGCUGAGAAAGCCCUUGACAACCUGGACGGAACCGACUAUGAGCAGUACAAACUCCAGCUUUCUGAGAGCCUGACCAAGCUCCAGGAAUAUGCCCAGACCACCUCCCAGGCUUUGACCCCCUACGCCGAGACCAUCUCCACCCAGUUGAUGGAGAACACCAAGCAGCUGCGCGAGAGGGUCAUGACUGACGUUGAGGAUCUCCGAUCCAAGCUGGAGCCCCACCGUGCCGAGCUGUACACCGCGCUGCAGAAGCACAUCGAUGAGUACCGUGAGAAGCUGGAGCCCGUCUUCCAGGAGUACUCCGCUCUGAACCGCCAAAAUGCUGAGCAGCUGCGUGCCAAGCUGGAGCCCCUGAUGGACGACAUUAGGAAGGCCUUCGAGUCCAACAUUGAGGAAACCAAGUCCAAAGUUGUGCCAAUGGUCGAGGCUGUUCGCACUAAGCUGACCGAGCGUCUUGAGGACCUGAGGACCAUGGCCGCCCCCUAUGCCGAGGAGUACAAGGAGCAGCUGGUAAAGGCUGUCGAGGAGGCCAGGGAGAAGAUCGCCCCACACACCCAGGACCUCCAGACCCGCAUGGAGCCCUACAUGGAGAACGUGAGGACCACAUUCGCACAGAUGUAUGAGACCAUCGCCAAGGCCAUCCAGGCAUAAAAGUGCACACGCUAAUCCUCAAACAACAUCAAAGAACAGAUAAUCUUGCAUUUGGUAAUAGAAGGAGAGAAGAUCCAAAGGCUGUGUGAUGAAUGUUUAUUAUGUUCAAGUUAAAUAAUGCACAAAAUAAAAAUUACAAAAAAAAAA